AAAAUUUGGUGAAUAGAUCCACUAUUUUAGAGCUAUUUUUAAAUUGUAUAGUUUUAAUUAGUCUAUAAUUGCUUUAUGUUUAAUAAACAAAGCUAUCUAAUUCGUAUUCAAAUAGAGCAUAAUUCUAAAUUCUCCUUGUAUUCCUGUGACCUGUGAAUAAGAAGCCAUCUUGAAUGAGAAAUAGCGCAACGUCGCAAAUGUCCACGGCGUCUUAAGCCAAGAUGUCGUAGAAUUCUGAUAGAAGCGUACUGUGAAUUGUCAAUAUUUGUUAAGUUUGUUAACGCACAUCGGAUUUUAAUCUCAGUAGUUGAUCUUCAAGAUAUGAAGUGAAUGUAAAUUCAUUUCAAACUUUCAAAAUGUCAAGUGAUGGCGAGCGGAUUCAAAAAACAUCCAAGUCCCGCAAAUUGAUUAUAUAUGACAGUGAUAGCAGCGAGGACUCAAUUGUUGUUCGGAAUCAUCGCAAAAGAAAGACUCUUCAACGAGUUGUCAGUGAUGCCGAAAGCAGUGAUGACGGUAGUGAUGUACAAAGACCAGUAAACAAAAGAAAAGUCCACCGAUUAGUUAGCGAAAGUGAACUCAGUGGUGGGAGUAGUGACACCGAAUUAAAUGAGUCUGCUUUGAUGAUAAGCGAUGAUUCGGAAUGGCAAUCGGAUUGGGAAAGCAUAGGGGAGUCAGAUAAUAAUGAACCUAAUUCGAAGGCGAAGGAUGAGAAGAAAACUAAGAAAACAAAUGACGUUGAAAAUGAAUCGACAUCGGGCGCAGGAUUCGAGUCCGACAAUAGUGAUGGACAAUCGGAUAAAUGUCCAAUUUGCUUAUUGCCAUUUAGAAAACAAGAAAUUGCCACUCCGUCAUCAUGUGAACAUUGCUUUUGUCUUGAGUGCAUUUUAGAAUGGAGUAAAAACAUCAACACUUGUCCAGUGGAUCGACAAACUUUCACUGUCAUCAAUGUCAAAUCACACACUGGCAAGAUUUUGAGGCACAUUCCGAUUGAAGUGAAACAACAAAUUGAGGAUACAAUUCAAGAGGAUCCAACUUAUUGUGAAAUUUGCAGCGAAUGUGAUAGAGAAGAUCGAAUGCUGUUGUGCGAUGGCUGUGAUCUUGGAUAUCAUAUGGAAUGUCUACAACCACAAUUGUUUCAUAUUCCCCUGGACGAAUGGUACUGUUCAGAGUGUUCACAAAACAUGCAAAAUGACGCCGAAGCUAUAUCUCGGAAUGACAUACGUAAUUUCUUGCGUUUCUCGGCAAUUGAGAGUGUAGUCGGGCCUAGAGAUCCCGAAAGAACGAUUGAUAUUGAUCUUGAUGAGGUUCCUGAUUUGAUUGAAGAAGCACGUCGUCUCGGUCUGUCGUAUGGUCGCACUCGGGGUCGACAUGUAGUACAAAACACGUUCAGUCCGCGUAUUAUUCCGCGUACACGUCAAACUGAACGUGUUCGUGCAAAUAUUCGCGCGGGUCGUAAUUUAAAUUUAUCCCGGUCACGCGAAACACGUGAACGUCGACGACUUCUCUUUGAUCCGGAUCAGCCAUCGACGUCGUCCGGAAUUGAAUCGAUUGGCGAUAAUAGUCGAAGUCGUUCUCCCGAUAUUAACGCGCCAUCCACAUCAAGUGGACGAACAAGAACGACACGUCGUGCACCAACGAAAAAACGUAAAACGAGAGCAAGUAAAACUAAAAAACGAAACAAUACAAUAUUACGUGAAGUGCGCAUUACGGAGAUAAACGACGACGGUGAGGAAGAAGAAAUUGUUAGCUACGUGAAAGUCAAGGAAUCAACAGCUGCCGGCAAAUCCAGUAAACGAAAAUACAAGAGACUCAAGAGGAGACGGAGAAAUAAACGUCGUGCACGAACGGUGUUAUCGGUAGUUAACGCGAAAAGGCAAAAUAGAGGAAUGCCUCUAUUAAAAGCAAAAGUAAAUAGAAAUGCUCCCGAAGCAAACGAAUCUGGAUCCAGAAUUUCUUCAGACAGAUACAGAGCGGGCAUACCGCAAUUGAGCAUGUUUGGAAGUGUGCUGUCCUUAGACUCUCUCCUUAGUCCUGGGUCCGAAGAUGAAAACGAUAGUCAUGGUCCAGCAAUUGUCGCACGACCACGAAGGCAUAUUUCAACAGUCAGACGACGAAUGGCACUCAAAGGGAUUGUCAAUCCAACAGUCAGCACGGAAGAUACUAGCGGUCCAAAUUUACUCGACAGUAUUCUCAAAAGUCAAGAAGUCUGGCAUAAUCAGAAGAACAGUCACCUUAUCACUCGUAAAUCUGAUGGUUCUUUAUUAGUUAUCAAUAAAGACGCGGAAAGUUCAACAAGCAUGAAUAACAACGAAAGUCCCAUUAAGAAAAAUGAAUCAAAUAAACCUGAUAAAUUACUCGGUAAAGAUCAACCUCUAGAUCUAUCGCAUGUCAAUCCAAAUGAUGUUACACAAGCGCCAAUGUACAAUAGUCCCCGUGGUGGUGGUGGUGGUGGAGGUAAUCGAGGAAAUUUCCGCGGCGGUUACAGGGAAAACAAUCGUCAAAGUCACGGUGGUCAGGGUUAUAGUGGACGUGAUUCUUACUCUGGUGGCGGAAGACGAAGUUAUGGAGGAGCCGGAAUGAGAGAUGAUUUUGGUAAUCGUGGACCGCCGGAAAAUUUUAACACAAAUUUCCAGGUUCGUCCCCAGGGACCUUUCGGCACUCCACCUUUUCGUAAUCGUAAUCCCCAGCAUUUUCGCAACGAGAGAAACCGUUAUUCCAUGCCAGAGCGAUUGCAAUUUCCCGAGGGGAGCGAGAGACCUCCAUUUCCGUUUCAGGAUAAUUUUAACAGAGGACCGCCACCUUUGAUUCGUCCCUUAAUCCCACCUGGUCCGCCGGGUCCACCAGGACCAGGAGGUCCUCCUAGUCUCUUGCAAAUGCCAAUUGUACCAAACAAUUUACCACCUCCCGUCAAUGACGAAGAAUCAUCCGAGAAUACGCCGAGUCAACAGACCGAUUUGGAUCCAAUAUUACCUUCGGAAUCCGAAUCACAAUCUAAUAAAGCGAACGAUGAAGAACUGGAUAUUUACAGUGACAUGGUGGGACCCAGUAAACCAGUAGAAGGCGAAAGUCAAUCAGGCGACGAUCCGAAUAAUUCGAGCACUCUUCUCCCGCCUCCUGAACCGCCAUCCGGUUUAUUGGAUUUCGACGAGAAUUCUAAGAGCGAGAAAGACAAUGACAGUGAUCAGGAACUGAUUAUCGAUGACACACCGAAAGAGGAAACUGCGAAGAACGAAAAAACAGAUGAUAAAUACGAUCCCUUUAAUGCUGAAGAAAGUGACAGCAAUGAUAGUAAUAAACGAGCGACUAACAUCCAAGUCGAUCAGAUUCCCUCUCCGAAAGAUCCACCACCUUUGGAACCACCUCCAUCACUAGAGAGUUUCGCCGGUUUGAAUAUUCUAAAUGACGAUUUCGGCGGACCAGUAAAAUCGACAAUUCGACUUACAGCCUAUGAUGACGAUGAAGAGGACGAUGAUUCACAAGCAGACUGUCCAAACUUCUCCAUCUAUUCAUCAGAAACAAUGGACGUUGCCCGUCACACCGAACAAGAAUUAUCGUCUCAAAUCGGUCCCCUAGAACCUCCGCCAUUACCACCGGAAAUGCCUGAUUUACCCGAAGAUGAAGACAUAAUUCUCGGCGAUAUUCAAACAUGUGAUUUAUCCGACAUUCCCGAACCACCAACACCCUACAUUGAAGCACUCCGCAAGGAGAGGCAGACAAUCAGCAAAAUACCGCCAAAGAAAAUCUCCUCCAAUGAUUCCAGAGGAAAAAUCACUUUCAAGAUAAAUACCUUGAAAUUGAAUAACAAAUUCGGUAAUUUGUAUGAUGAGAUAGAUCGGGAUAUGGAAACUUCCAUUGAGGAAGAGAAAACGAGCGAGAAGAAAAAAUCCGAAGAGAAAGACGAUUCCAGUCACAAGGAGAAGAAGAAGAGAAAACGAAAGGACUCAAACAGUAUGGACAUUGAUUCAAGUGAUUCAAAAGACGACGACAAGAAUAAAAUUGAAUCAAGUGAAGACGAAUCAGAACUUCCAACUCAAAAAAUUAACCAGGAGUCAGAAAUCUGUGACUCACAACUUCCAACACAAAAAUUCAGUGAAACACCCGAACGUGAUAUUUCAGAUCUCGAAACACAAAAACUCGAGAAUUCCCAAUCGGAGACGGAAAAUAUUGCCCUACCGGAACAUUCAACCGAUAUAUCCGAAUUACAAACGCAAAAACUCGAUUUUCAUUCUUCCCCCAAGGAAGAUAAUAGUGAUCUGCCAACGCAGAUUUUAAAUAAAGAAGAAAUUGACUCUUCAGAAAUGCCGACACAAAUUCUCGGCGAUUCAGAUAGUCAAACGGUUGACAAAACCCAAGAAUCAGAUCAAGCGUCAGUGAAAGAUGAUUCGGAACAAUUGGUGAGUUACAGUCCGAAGGGUGGAAUUGCGACACUCUAUAGUCCCGAUGUACCGGUGCCGACGCUCUACAGUCCAAAACCAGAUGAGGAAUCUGACAGAAGAACACCCGAGUUGAAGAAUCGAAGUCAAUUGAAAGACGACAGUGACAGUGACGGAGCAAGAACUCCAGAGAGAAAGGAUUUGAGUAAAGAUAGCGAAAAGGAGUCGAAAAAAGAUGAUAAUGAGGAUAAAAUGGAAAACGCUAGGAGUCCAGACACUGUCAUCUCAAUUGCUGAUACAAUACAAUCUUCCCAAAAUGAUGACUGUGAAAUUGUUGAACAAAGAAGCGAUAAUUUAGCUACAAAUGAGAGAAUUUCAGAAAAGGAUGAAACAGAAUUGCCGGAUAAAUUACAAGCUGAUGAUGAUUUUCCACUUGAGAAGGAAGGUGUCUCUCAGGCCGACGCUCCAGAACAGGAAAUGUGGGAUUCUGAUGGUGGAUACACUCCAUGUAAGGAUGAGUUACCACUGAAGGAGAAAGUAAAGAAGUCCGUGUCUCCAUUUGAUCAGAGUGGUCUCGAGCCGAUAACACCGACAAGAGACAAGAAUGAUGAUCUUGAUCGCUGUAGAACACCACCAGCUUACGCUGGAUUAGGAACUGAGGCUAUUUCCGAAACAGACGAGGCAAUGAAUUUUGAGGACGAAUUAACAUUAUUGACGUUGAGAAAGGAGAAAGAAAUGGAGGAGGGCGAAAUACCGGAAGAGGGAAGAUUGGCACGUAAAGAUCGUGCUAAGGACGAUGACGACAGCAAGAGGAAAAAGAAGAAGGAGAAAAAGGAUCGAAGUAAAGAGACCGAGAAGAAUAAGGAAAAUAUCUCGUCAGAGAAUUUCUCGUGGAAGAAAAUGGCCAAGAAUACCAAGGAUCGAAAUUAUCGCGACAAGGAUCGAAGAUCGAGAUCUAGAGACAAGGACAGAGAUAAAGAUAAACUCAAGAAGAAGAAGGAAGCCGUGAAGAAGAAGGAGAAACGAAAGGAAUUGCCCAGGUACGAUGUGCGAAAAAUCGUUUCCGAAAAACCACGGCCGAGAAAAGACGAAUAUGGAAGGGACAUUCGCGAUUUGUCCCACAGUUUAACGAGGAGCAAAUCAAGAAGUCGAAGUCACUCCAGAGUUCGUAGAAGUCUCUCAAAAGGACGCAAAAGUAGAUCUUAUUCGAGGCUUCGUUCCAAAUCGCGAUCGCGAUCCAAGCGUCGCUCAUGGUCGAGAGAUCGAGACGCCUCGAGAGUUUCCCGUGGAAGAUCCUAUUCGAGAGGAAGAUCCCUGUCUCCAAGAAGGCGCAAGUCACCAAGAAGAAGUUCCAUAGCGAGAAAGAGAAAAUCCAGAUCCCUCUCAAGAAGAAGGAGAAGAUCCCUGACACCUCGCGGUCGCGAUCGUCGAAGGAGGUCACUCUCCCGAAAACGAAGAUCCAGAACCAGGUCCAAGUCCCGCGAUGCCAGAAAGGACAAAAAGAAACACAAGUCCCGCAGUCGUUCCAGACUCCGCAAGAGAUCGAGAACAAGGAGCGGUAAGAGAAACUCAAAACCACGCGACAAGAAGCACACAAACAGAAAACAAGUCAGUCGAUCCAGAUCAAGGUCCCGAUCACUCGCACGAUCACUAUCCCAACAGAGAGACCGCAAUCGAAACUGGGAAAUGAGCGAGAAAAUGAUAAAUCGCGAACCACAUUUCCGCCAGCGUGAGGAACGUGAAUCGUGGAGUGCUCAAUGGACCCCAUCGCUCUCCGCCUCGAGAUCAAAAACUCCCGAGCGCGUCAACGAUCUGGCCGGCCGUGGUUGGACCCCGCCUCACGGCCUCGACAACGUCACCGUGCCCCCAAAGAAUCUGACCGUCAUUCUCACCAACAAGGAGGCGAUCAAGAAGAAGAAAAAGGAGAAGAAGAAGGAACGCCGGAAGUCCAAGGACAUAGACAAGCGCAAGAAAGGGAAGCGAAUGCGAACCCCUCCGCCCUCGAAGGAAGUAUUCGCCAGCGGCGACAACAUCCUCGUCAGCGUGUGCUUCAACAAAGACAACGAGGGCAAUCAAAUCCAACCCGAGGAACUCCCCGAAACAAUACCCCUGAUGCCACCAACCAAACGUCGCCGUCGCGAGCCCCUUCAAAUCGAACCCGCCAAGAAAACAAAGAAGGACAAACUCAAAGAAAAACGUGCCAAGUCCCCCAAGGCAAAGAAGGACAAAAAGAAAAAAUCAAAAGCCGCCGAAAUUGCCGCAACCAAAAAACCCGUUGCCGUCAUCGACCUCGAUCAAUCGCCCUUCCGAGAACAAACCCCCUCGCCCCGUGACGUAAUCGUCCUCAGCGACGACGACGAAAAACAAGCUCAAAGUCUCAUCGCCCUCGAAAACCAGUCUUCCCAAGCAACUCCAUCACGCGAUCAAUUCGUCUCCCAAGGUCCCAAGACACCACCCGAACCACAAGUGAAAUUCUCCAUCAACAAGCAAGCGAACAAUCUCAGGCCAUCGAUGAUGAACCCCCUAAUGGAAGAGGAAGAGGAGGAAGAAGAGGAGGAGGAGGAAAUUGACGAGAGAGUCGACGAGGAACUAGAAUUACGAGCACAGGAGGAAUUGGAAUUACGAUUGAAAAUCGGUCCAAAUACACCCCCUGAACCACCAUCGUCAUCGCCGACAUCGCCCGACGCUUACGAUCCGUUCGAUCCCACGAAAUCAAGAUCACCAACUCCCGUACAAAGUCAGGAGGCAACACCUCUCAAUGACGAACGUAAUCAACGCACAUCGCCCAGGAAACACGAUUCCAAUGAUACGCCAUUAACCUCGAGUGAAACGCAAGAUCAGGAGAAGCAAAUUUCCGAUAAGCAGGCGGAGAAACCGAAAAUUAUUUCCAUGGUCACGAUUAAGAGGGCGUCAUCGCCGAAGAGAGACACAUCACCAUCGGCAAAUGACUUGACGCAAACUGAUAUUGUCACUGUUAGCGACAGUCCAACAAAGAGUCAACAGAAUUUACAAAAUGCUCAAUCAACUGUUACCACAUUUCCGACAAUUAAUCCUGUACUCGCUACAGUCGCUGCUGCUGUGCAGCGGAGCAAUAUAUUUAAUACAAAUGCUCCAGCGACCACACAAAGGAAUCUUGCUCAGACAAAUCGCAUUUCGCCAAGUAAUCAAAUUAAACAACGUCCCAUUGAAAGGCCUCAAUUACCAAAUUUGUUUACUAAUUCUAUAAAGACGACAGCAAAUCGAACAGCAAAGGCAACAAAUAAAACAAAUGCAUUGGGUCAAAAUGGCAAUGAUACAGAAAUGGUUAAUGACGUCAUUGAUAUGUCCUCACCAUAUUCACCAGGUUCUAGUAUCAGCGACGGAAUGUUCGAUCCCCCUAGUCCUUACAAUACACCUCCUCCAGAAAAACCAAAAUCCAAAAUCAAUAAGGAUCCUAAAAAGGAUGCCUUUGAUGUUCUGUUUGGAGCGUCGCCUGUUAAUGUAAGAAAUUCAACGAAAGUCAAAGUGAAGAAGGACAAGAGAAAAAAAAGUGUGUACCCACUCACUCUUGGUACCAAUCCAAAAGUUGGCGUUCGCAUGGAUGAAAAUCAAUUGCAAAUUUUAGAUGAUCUGCCAAGUUCUGCAGUGGAAAUGCAAGUCAAGGACAAGUUUUUGAAAAAGCUCAAUCGUCAGGAAAGAGUUGUGGAGGAAGUGAAACUCGUAUUGAAACCACAUUAUACUAAAAAACAUGUCACGAAAGAAGAAUACAAGGAUAUUAUGCGUAAAGCUGUGCCGAAGAUUUGUCACAACAGAUCUGGCGAAAUUAAUCCGAAAAAGAUUGCCGCUCUUAUUGAAGCUUAUGUGAAAAAAUGUCGUGGUAACAAAAAACGAUCAACUCUAACAACAACUUCAAAGGUGACAAAAACAAUUAAAAAUUUAUGGAGUUGAUCACAGCUAGAAAGUUUUAGAAGAAUAAAUCUCCUAACUUCUGUAGGAGGAUCAGUAGAUCGCGCGUGAAUUUUUUGUAAUGGUAAGUGUUUGUGAAAGCAAUUUAAAAAAAAAUGAAAAAACAAUUAAAUUACCGACAAGUUAAUCUUCACAACGGCAAUCGAACAAUGUGUAUUGUAUGUACAUAAUUAACUAGUUGAAAUUAAGCGCAAUAUUUUUAUUUAUCUAAGUAUACUACUUAAAAGAUCCAAUACACUUAACUUUAUUGUUAAUUUUAACUAUAGAUAAUAGACAAGUUAUUUAAUAAUCAGUAAAUUAAUCUUAUAAAAGUGUAAUAAACAUAUUGAAUGUACUUUUUGAGCACAUUCGUAAUAACUAUGUACGUAAAAAUGAAUUGUAAAGCAACUUUUACAUCGUGUUCCGAAAAGAAAGGCAAAUAAUUCUACAAUGGCGUUUCAAAUAGAAUCAUGUACUUCAUUAAAGUGAUUACAUUAAAUCUAUAGAUUCGUCUCUAAUUUGUAUAUUUUUAACUUAGAAACAGAUUAAGACGAUAACAGUUGUAAGCCAUCGAGAAUAAUUGAAAAAAAAGUUUUGAUGUAGUGACAAAGGUAGAAUUACUAAAAAGAAAAGUAAAAAUUGUAUACAAUUGUAA